AUGCGAGGAAAGAUCUUGUUUCUUCUCCUCCUGCGGGCCUUGGCUGCCUCUCCCCACGACCGUGGCCGUCUUCCACUACCCACCCUCCGACUUACAGGAGGAAGAGCAGGAGCAGGAGCAGGAGCGGGAGCGGGAGCGGGAGCAGGAGCAGGAGCAGGAGCAGGAGCAGGAGAUGGCGUACAGCACAACGUGAAGAUCCUCAGGUUAUGUGCGUUAGCGUGCCAGGCUGCCUACCAUGUUGACUUCCACGAGUACGUCGACUCAGUCCGGAUGCAGGGCCCCUCCUCCUUCCUGGAGAAGCACUGCAGAGGGGAGGAGACGAGGCUCACUGUGGAGUCGGCGACCAAGUACUGGACGCUGUGCAGGACCGAGGACGGUCUGCGGAUCUUGGCAUGGAGGGGUACGAACGCCAAGAACAUUGAAGACAUCAUCACGGACCUGGACUGCCUCCCGGCCGAAGUUCCGGAGCUGGCGGAGGGCAGCGUACAUCCAGGGUUCCUGUCCCGGGCAAGGAGCAUGGACUAUGGUUGGCUGACGAAGAAGGUUCAAGAGUCAGAGCAGAUGAUUGUUUGCGGGCACUCGCUCGGGGGAGCGGCGGCCACCCUGUGCAGCACGCUGCUGUCUGCCUCGCUGCAGAGGUACAAGGCGGAGAUCAGGAACCAUGUGCUGGGCAAGUGCUAA